UUGUUGUGAGUGGUCUGUGAUAUAAAAUUGUUAAGAAUGAUGAAGAAAGAGAAACCCAUGAUGUCGGUGACUGCGAUUAUACAGGGUCAAGCACAACAUUGGAGCAGAACAUUUGCCGGUUUCGGACAUCCUCACAUGUCUCUAGGUCUCAGUCUUGAUCAGAACCUUUCAAUGGGAGCAUUAGGUCCCCAAUCACCAUUGGAAAUCAAACCGGACGCCUCUACUUUAAACCAAUUCAGUCCUCAAGGACCGAACAGUCCUGGAUCUUUUUCUUUAGGUCAUGCAAAUUUGCUGAGUCCAUCGGCUGGAUCGCAAAAAGCGAAUUCCCCUUACCCACCUAACCACCCUCUUAGCGGGUCGAAGCAUCUUUGUUCAAUAUGUGGUGAUAGGGCUAGUGGAAAACAUUAUGGAGUGUACAGUUGUGAAGGAUGCAAAGGAUUUUUUAAAAGGACAGUGCGAAAAGAUUUAUCAUAUGCGUGCAGGGAAGAAAAAAAUUGUAUCAUCGACAAACGACAAAGAAACAGGUGUCAGUAUUGCCGAUAUCAAAAAUGUCUGGCGAUGGGAAUGAAACGAGAGGCUGUGCAGGAAGAAAGACAGAGGACAAAAGACAGAGAUACCUCCGAGGUGGAAUCCACUUCAAAUAUUCAAACAGAGAUGCCCAUAGAAAGGCUUCUAGAAGCUGAACGAAGGGUUGAGUGCAAUGAUCCACCUGUUCCACUUGAGACUGCAGUAACAAGUAUUUGCCAGGCCACUAAUAAGCAGUUGCUGCAAUUAGUCGAGUGGGCUAAACUGAUUCCUCAUUUUACCUCACUUCCGGUUUCUGAUCAAGUGUUACUACUUCGAGCAGGAUGGAAUGAACUCCUUAUAGCCUCUUUUUCGCACAGAUCUGUUCAAGCACAAGAAGGUAUUGUACUAGCGACAGGGCUAACCGUAAACAAAUCAACUGCUCAUGCUGUGGGAGUUGGUAACAUAUAUGACAGGGUACUAUCGGAACUCGUAAACAAAAUGAAAGAAAUGAAAAUGGACAAAACAGAACUCGGAUGUCUCAGAGCCAUAAUACUGUAUAAUCCAGAUGUUCGGGGUCUAAAGUCCAUCCAAGAGGUAGAAAUUCUCAGAGAAAAGAUUUAUGGUGUAUUAGAGGACUAUACCCGUACCACACAUCCUAAUGAGCCAGGCAGAUUCGCCAAACUUUUACUUCGUUUACCAGCGCUAAGGUCGAUCGGUCUUAAAUGUCUUGAACAUCUAUUUUUCUUUAGGUUGAUUGGCGAUGCCUCAGUUGACACAUUUUUGACAGAAAUGUUAGAGAAUCCUUCAGAUUCUUAAAUGUUAGGAAUAUAUGUAACGUUGACGAGGCUGUUAUGUUGAAAAAUUAUGCUAAAUUACUCCUUAGUCCAGGAACUGGAAUCGUUAUUAAAUUUAAUAAAAUACAUACCUAUUCGAUUAAAAUAAUGUAAUAAAUUAUUUUUUAGCAAAAGUGUCAUAAAACUAUUCUAGAA